AUGAUGUGCGAGGUGAUGCCCACCAUCAGCGAAGCGGAAGGCCCCCCCGGAGGAAGCGGGGGCCCGGGGCCGGGCUCCCCUGCGCAGCCAGAUGCAGACUCGCACUUUGAACAGUUGAUGGUGUCCAUGCUCGAAGAGAGGGACCGUCUUCUGGACACGCUGCGAGAGACUCAGGAGACGCUGGCGCUGACCCAGGGGAAGCUGCACGAGGUCGGCCACGAGAGAGACUCCUUGCAGCGGCAGCUCAGCACGGCGCUUCCACAGGAGUUCGCGGCGCUUACGAAGGAGCUCAACGUCUGCAGGGAGCAGCUCCUGGAGCGGGAGGAGGAAAUCGCCGAGCUGAAGGCGGAGAGAAACAACACGCGGCUGCUCCUGGAACACCUGGAGUGCCUGGUCUCCCGGCACGAGCGCUCCCUCCGCAUGACCGUGGUCAAGAGGCAGGCCCAGUCCCCGGCCGGCGUGUCCAGCGAGGUGGAGGUCCUGAAGGCCCUGAAGUCGCUGUUCGAGCACCACAAGGCCCUGGAUGAGAAGGUGAGGGAGCGGCUGCGAGUGGCGCUGGAGAGGUGCAGCUUGCUGGAGGAAGAGCUGGGCGCCACGCACAAGGAGCUAAUGAUUCUCAAAGAACAGAAUAACCAGAAAAAAACACUAACAGAUGGGGUGCUUGACGUUCCCCGUGAGCAAGAGGCCACGCCGCACGCCAACGGCCAGAGGUCUUCCGGCGGCUCCUUGAGCCACGAGGAGGACCUGGCCCAGGUGCUGCAGCUCCAGGAGGUCAUCGACAAGCAGGCGCGAGAGCAGAGCCAGAUGAAGGAGCGCCUGGCCACCCUCUCCAGCCACGUGGCCGAGCUGGAGGAGGACCUGGACACGGCGCGCAAGGACCUCAUCAGGUCCGAGGAAGUAAACACGAAGCUGCAGCGCGACGUUCGGGAGGCCAUGGCCCAAAAGGAAGACAUGGAAGAGCGUAUCACCACUCUGGAGAAGCGCUACCUCGCGGCCCAGCGGGAGGCCACCUCUGUGCACGACCUCAACGACAAGCUGGAAAACGAGAUCGCGAAUAAAGACUCCAUGCACCGGCAGACGGAGGACAGGAACCGCCAGUUGCAAGAGCGCCUGGAGCUGGCGGAGCAGAAGCUGCAGCAGACCCUGCGCAAGGCGGAGACGCUCCCCGAGGUGGAGGCCGAGCUGGCGCAGAGGGUGGCGGCCCUCUCCAAGUCUGACCCUUUGUCUUCUGGGAGCUCUGCCGCUCAGGAAGCUAAGCUGUUGGGACUUACUUCCCAGCUUAGGAAGGCUGAGGAGAGACACGGCAACAUUGAGGAGAGGCUGCGGCAGCUGGAGGCGCAGCUGGAGGAGAAGAACCAGGAGCUGCAGCGGGCCAGGCAGAGAGAAAAGAUGAACGAAGAGCAUAACAAGCGCCUGUCAGACACCGUGGACAAGCUUCUCUCCGAGUCUAACGAGAGGCUUCAGCUGCACCUGAAAGAGAGGAUGGCCGCUCUGGAGGAUAAGAAUUCUCUACUGCGAGAAGUUGAAAAUGCAAAAAAGCAGUUAGAAGAAGCGCAGCACGAUAAGGAUCAGCUCGUACUAAACAUCGAAGCGCUGCGAGCCGAGCUUGACCAAGCCAGACUCAGAGGGGCCUCUCUUCACCAUGGCAGGCCCCACGUGGGCAGCGUCCCCGACUUCAGGCUCCCGGUGGCAGACGGCCCCGCAGACCCCUACGGCAGCAGCGCGGUGUUGCGGCGUCCCCAGAAGGGCCGGCUGGCCGCUCUGCGCGAUGAGCCCUCCAAGGUGCAGACGCUGAACGAACAGGACUGGGAGCGCGCCCAGCAAGCCAGCGUCCUGGCCAAUGUGGCUCAGGCCUUCGAGAGCGACGCUGACCUGUCUGAUGGUGACGAGGACAGGGAUGCGCUCUUCAGCUCGGCGGGUCUGCUGUCGCCCAGCGGGCAGGCCGACGCCCAGACGCUCGCCAUGAUGCUCCAGGAGCAGCUGGACGCCAUCAACAAGGAGAUCAGGUACCCGGAGCGGCGCCCUCCCCCAGGAGCCUGGCGGUGCUGGGGUGCUCACAGGCCCCGAGUCAGCUUCCCUCAGCCUUGGCCCGACCGCAAGGCCGGUUUACCUGCCUGUGCUGAUCCUUCGGAGUGUGCAGUAAAUCUGGUUUCUCUUUAUUUCUUUGCACGCCUCUGUCAGCCUAGUGACUUAAGGAAGCAUCGUAGAAAGUUGCCGGCUUCCCGAGAAGAGGUACGCGAUGACAAGACCACGAUCAAAUGUGAAACCUCGCCCCCGGCCUCCCCGCGGCCCCUCCGGCUGGACAGGCUGCACAAGGGCGCGCCGCACACGGUCAGCCACGAGGACAUCAGGGACAUCCGGAACUCGACAGGCUCGCAGGACGGCCCCGUGAGCAACCCCAGCAGCAGCAGCAGCAGCCAGGACUCGCUGCACAAGGCCCCCAAGAAGAAGGGCAUCAAGUCCUCCAUCGGCCGCCUGUUUGGCAAGAAGGAGAAGGGCCGGCCCGGGCCCGCCGGCAAGGAGUCCUUGGGGCAAGCUGGUGUCUUGGAGACAGAGACCUCAUCUCAGGAUGCCUUGGGGCUCAGCAAACUGGGAGGACAGGCAGAAAAGAAUCGUAAACUUCAAAAAAAGACUGAGAACGGCAAGCGGCUGUCCAUGCCUGACAUGGCGGCCCGUCCUCUCCGCCUCGGCCAUCUUCCGGCCUCCGUCUUUGGGGCGGAGCCUUCUGGAAAGACCACAGGAAAUGUCUGGUUAACACACGAAGAGAUGGAAACGCUGGCAGCCACGCCACAGACGGAGGAGGAGGCGGGCAGCUGGGCCCAGACCCUGGCCUACGGGGACAUGAACCACGAGUGGAUCGGCAACGAGUGGCUGCCCAGCCUGGGCCUCCCGCAGUACCGCAGCUACUUCAUGGAGUGCCUGGUGGACGCGCGCAUGCUGGACCACCUGACCAAGAAGGACCUGCGGGGGCAGCUGAAGAUGGUCGACAGCUUCCACAGAAACAGUUUCCAGUGUGGAAUUAUGUGCCUGCGAAGGUUGAACUAUGACCGGAAAGAGCUGGAAAGGAAACGAGAUGAAAGCCAGAGUGAAGUCAAAGGCGAGUACAUCGGGCUCUGUUGGCUGGGCCUCUCCCGAAGGCGCUGCAGCCUCAGCCAUCCCGGCGUGGGUGCGUCAGGGCUCUCGGCUGGGAGCAGCCGUGACGGCUGAGGCGGUGCUGAGGCUGCUCGCUUGCAGGCGCGCGCCGUGCUGGAGAGAGAGUUCAACCACCUUCUGGUCGCGGGGACCGACAGGAGGUUCGACGAGGACGACGACAAGGGCUUCCGGAGAGCACCUUCCUGGAGGAAAAAAUUCAGACCCAAGGACGUCCGUGGCUUAGCUGCAGGGUCAGCAGAGACUCUCCCCGCUAACUUCCGGGUCACCUCCUCUCUGUCCUCCCCCUCCAUGCAGCCAAAGAAGACACAGCUGGACGGCAGUGUGUCAGGAGCGCAGAGGCUGGAUUCUGCGACAGUCAGGACUUACUCCUGCUGAGGCUCCUCCGCGGCGUACCCGCACUACUUCUACCGGUGACCGCGGCGCCCCGACUGGCCAGGCGACGCUUUAGGAGUCAGGGUGGACUCUGCUCUGUGAAUACUUGUUAUAUGGACCCUGAGAUAUUUUAUUACAGAGUUUUUAACUAGCGAAAAAUUCAUGAAUACCAUAGAGAAAAUAUUUUAGAAUUUAAUGUUUCUUAUAUUUAUGUAAACUUAUGACUUCAUUUAUACAGCUCCUUACUUUUUCAUGUAUAUCCAGGCUAUAAAUAUCCUUUCAAAUCGAUUCAUGUUCUUAUAAUCUAAUUUUAGUCUUUCAGAUGAAUGUACUGUAACGCUUGUAUGUGUGAAUUCUAUGAACGAACGCAGGGCUUUUGUAAAUCGUGCGUCACUGUAAUCACCGAUGUCUGACCCGAGGGCGCCCAGCCCGCCGCUCCCCGGGCCGAGAGGGGCUCAGACUCCGUGUCCAGAGUCACUGCUGUGUUUUAAUGACUGGCCUUCCCUGUCCUUUUUCUAGCAAAAAAAGCUUUACGCCCCAGCGUGCACAGAAGAGACACACCUGGUGUUCAGGAGUGGCGCCUCCUGGGCAGUGCGGACGCUGGCUGGCCGGGGCCCGGGGCCGCCCUCCUGGAAGCAGGCCCGGGGCGCCCUGCUGCAGAGGACCAAUGGGGCUGCCCCGGGGCGCCAGGCGGGCGUCGCGGCUCACCCUGGCAGGGCCUUCUCCUUACUUAACUCAUGUUUUUACACUUGUUGCGAACGCGUUGAAGGAACGGACCUGUUCAACAAUUUUUAGAGUCUGACGAUAUGGCCACUUGGAUUGUAUCCGUAGAAUCUGUGACUUUUACUUUUUAAAUGGCAGAUUAAAAAGCCAGCGAGGAGCGUGUCCAGACCACGGUGCGUUACUUAUCGUGCAGCUGACCCGCAGCUGGGUAGAGGUUUCUGCUCUGAACUUACCUGUACAAUUUGUUGUUACCGUUCUGUCUUUCUAUGAAUCUUUGUGGACUUCCAGAUUAUGUAACAAAGUAUGUACAGUCUACUUUUGAACUAUUUUUAUCACAGUAUUAUUUAUUGCUUUCUCUCAAUAAAGUACUGAAGCGUUUUCCACUGCCAAUAAAGCACCUGAGAACAAGCCGUAGACGACCGCGGCCUUUUCCCUCCUGUCCCGCCUGACCGCUGCAGGCGCCGUCCUGUGCAGACAGGGCCGCGAGGACCUGGUGUCAUCCAGAGAAAGGCCGGUCUCUGCUCGCGCU